UUAUACAUGUCAUAUUUCAUUCAUCUCAACAUUCAAGAGUUGUUUUGUCCUCUCAUAUUUUCUUCCUCCUAUCCAAUUACACUGAUAGUUUCUCAUUGUGUCAUAGAAUGGAUCCAAACAAUAUGGCCGACUUGGACAUUUACGACGUUGUCAUUGACGAACUUAUCAAUGACACGACUAUAGAAGAUAUGAUGCAGGAGGAGAUGGAGUUUUAUCAACGACGUGCCAACACCGUUAGGCCCAAGCGAACAAGAAAGGUGAUAGAGAGAGAUCGUGAAGCUGGGAACGAGCGGUUGUGGAAUGACUACUUCUCCGAAAAUCCUGUGUACACGGAAGAGCUUUUCCGACGAAGGUUUCGAAUGCGAAAGCAUGUGUUCCUCAGAAUUGUAGGGGCCCUUGGGUCUCAUGACCCGUACUUUUUAAUGUCUGUCGAUGCAGUUGGAAGACAAGGCCUGUCACCAUUACAAAAGUGCACCGCCGCUAUUCGUAUGUUGGCGUACGGAUCACCUGCUGACAGUGUUGACGAGUACGUUCGAAUUGGUGAAAGUACUGCAAUUGAGUGCUUAAAGAAUUUUUUGGAAGGUGUGUGUGCAGUAUUUGGUGGAACAUACUUGAGGCGCCCGAACCAGGAAGACAUUACCCGCUUACUUCAAUGGGGCGAGUCUCGUGGAUUUCCAGGUCAAUUCACCCGAGGUGAUCAUGGAAAGCCCACAAUCAUGCUUGAAGCAGUGGCAUCACAAGACUUGUGGAUUUGGCAUGCAUUUUUUGGCAUUGCAGGUUCUAACAAUGACAUUAAUGUGCUAAAUCAAUCUCCGGUUUUUAAUGAGGUUUUGAGUGGAAAUGCUCCCAUGGUGAACUUUAGCGUGAAUGGAACAAUGUAUAACAUGGGAUACUAUCUAGCAGACGGUAUCUAUCCCCCGUGGGCUACAUUUGUGAAGACCAUCCCAAUGCCGCAAGGAGAAAAAAGGCAAAAAUUUGCGAAAAGACAAGAAGGAGCAAGAAAGGACGUUGAACGUGCAUUCGGCGUUCUCCAAUCUCGGUUUGCAAUAGUUCGUGGUCCAUCACGCUUUUGGCAUCCGAAUGAGAUGAAGUCAAUAAUGUAUGCUUGCAUCAUAUUGCACAACAUGAUUGUUGAAGAUGAGCGCAACACGUACCGAGGUAAUUUUGUUUAUGAUCAGGUCAAUAAUGACAUAUUGGAUGCUGAAGUAGUAAGUGGUCCUAUUCCCGCUUUUAGAAAUAUCUUGGAAAGAAGAGCACAUCAAAUUGAUAGGUCAAUUCAUCACCAGCUUCAAGCAGACUUGGUGGAGCAUAUUUGGCAGCUUCCCGAAAACGAGAAUAAUGAAAAUUAACCUUCAAGUGUUAUUAUGUAUUUCAUUUCAAAUGUAUUGUUGCUUAUUUUUCAUUGUCAUGUAUUUUCUUUCGUCUUUAUUUCUAUCAUUCAAUAAAAUUGUUUUUGCUAGAAAUAACACAAUGUACUUUUUUAUUUUUGU